ACGCAACCUUAUUACCAACUUCGUCCACUGUGAAAGAAUUGUGUAAACUGCAUUGCUGAAAACGGUUUUAGUGUUUUGGCCGUCUCCAUAGCAAGGAACAGGAUUGACAACUUAUCUUCAACUUUUGAAUAAAUGAUAUCAGAAAUGGAAUUUCUAAAAAUCAACAGAGAUUUACUUCCUCUCAAAAUUCACUAUAUGAUGCUUCAUGGAGCUAAUGCUGGAGUCGUCUUCUUCUUACCUGUGUAUGCAAAGCAACUGGGAAUAUCAGCCAACGCUGUAGGAAUUAUUUAUGCUGUUAUUUUUUCAAUAACAGCAAUUACAAGUCCUUUUAUCGGAAGUCUAGUUGAUCAUUUUCAAAAGAUGAAAUCAGUACUUAUAUUUUUGAUGUUUAUAAGCAUUUCAGCAGUGUUAAGUCUUAAUUUCAUACCAUUACCCACAAAAAUGAAUGUGAACAUCACCAACAUUACACUAUUAUGUUACGAAACAAAUUCUUAUUUGGUUGACUACGAAGGCCGUAACUGUGGACAUGGCAUAUGCAACUCUACAAAUAACUGCAAUUCAUCCUGUGUUUUAUUUAAAUCAAGAAGCAAAGAUUACGCCAAAAACGAGGAAGGAAAUUUUAUAAAAAUAGUGGGCGAAGGAGUCUUUCAUGAGAGUUUAUUCAACAAUUAUACAAAUUCUACUAAAAUCUUCUUGAAAUGCUCUCUUGGAGAUAGUAUUUGUGCUGAAAACUGCCACUCUACAGAAUAUUUUGAUCAAACUAGUGAAACCAACCAGCUACAGCAGUUAUGCUUGUUCAGUGGUCUAGUAGCUAUAGCUUAUACAGCUUACGGCUCUCUAAUUUCUUUAUCUGACGCAGCAUGCUACAAUGCACUUGGCACGCAGCCUCAUUUGUAUGGUAAACAACGUAUGUGGGGCACCAUAGCCUGGGGCCCUCUCUCUGCGUUAAUAGGCUUUUUGAACGAUAUAUUUACAGGAACGUCAAAUGUCUAUGAUUUUUCGGCCGGUUUUUACUUAUUCGCCAUUCUUCUUAUUAUAGAUAUGCCAAUUGUGAAUAAAUUGCAUUUAAAGCCUGCAGAAAGAUCUAAGAACAUCUGUAAAGAUGUUGGAAAACUGCUUGUAAAAUUAAGAAUAAUUUUAUUCAUUCUGUGUUGUUUUUUUAUAGGUACUGCUACUGGUUUAUCACGAACGUAUUUAUUUUGGUACUUGCGAACUUUACAUGCAAGCCAACUAAUUUUAGGUUUAGUCGUUGCAGUCAUGUGCUUCUUGGGUGAACUGCCAUUUUUCUUUUUUUCGGGAUGGAUCAUUAACAAAAUAGGACACGUGAAUACAUUCCUUAUGGCUUUUAUAGCUUUUGGAUUAAAAUUUAUAUUUUAUUCAUUUUUAACGAACCCAUGGUUGGCUCUUCCUAUAGAGAUUUUACAAGGAGCUUGUUAUGGGAGUUUCUAUGCUGCAAUGACUUCCUAUGCCAAGAUAGUCGCUCCAAAAGGAACUGAAGCUACGGCUCAAGGACUCGCUAGUGGAGCAUUUGAAGGUUUAGGUAUCGCAGCAGGAAGUUUACUAGGUGGUUUUGGUUUCACCUUUCUGGGUGGACGAAAGACUCUUUUUUGGGCUGGAGUGUUGUGCAUAUUUUGUGGUCUAUUGCAUUAUGCUAUCCAUAUGACGACGAACAGCAAAAACACAGAUCCAGGUAAAUAAAGAUAGAGUGCAUGUGUCGUGAAUUUUGCAGCUUUCACUCAAGAAAAUAGAAAGAAUAUUUUGUCAGGGGGGAGGAAGAAAUGAAACUGUAAGUUGAGUCAAAGCCUUCAUUUAGAUAAUUUCAUUUUAUGUAAAUUUCAUUUGCAAUUCAUAAUUUAUAUAAGAACUAAUUAUGUUAAAGCAUUUGGUGAGAUUCUAAAAAGAAAAAAAUUGAAGAUGGAAUCUUUGAUAUUUUGCUAACAACCUGUAUUUGCGAGAAAUUUCUAAAAGUUUUAUUAAUUGCCUCUAAGCAUCAUUUGAGGAAGAAUGAUCGCCAUUUCACAUUCAUGUUGGAUUCUAUCA